GGACCAUUGUACGAGCCCUUGUCAUCGGCAGCCAUGAUGUUCCUAUUCAAUCCGACAAUUCACCAGCCUCCACCAUCGGCACCAUGCCUCCAUCAGCCACCACGAGCGAGAAUGCAGGUACCUUCCAAAAUCACGCUUCUCAAGAGAUAGCCAUCGUCGGUGGCGGCCUCGGGGGACUCGCCCUUGCCAUCGGUCUCCUCAAGCACCAUGUCAAUGUCCACAUCUACGAGUCCGCUGCUGCUUUCUCCGAGACAGGAGCCGGUGUAGCAUUCGGUCCCAACUCUACGAGAGCCCUCGGGCUGAUCCACGAUGCUUUGCUUGAAGGUUACAAGAAGCAUGCCACGUUUAACGAGAACCGCGACCACGAUCACACCUUUCUCUCCUUUAGGUGGGGCAUGGAUGAGAAGAAAGAGGGUGGGAACAAGGCAGGAGAUUUGAUGUGGCACCUCGAGGAUCUCUGGAAUACGGAGGGCGCCCAGAAGCUAGAUGUGCGGACGAGGAGCUGUAUCCACAGAGCGAGGCUAUUGGACGAGCUGGUCGCAUUACUGCCGCAAGGCAUAACGAGCUUCAGAAAGAACUUCGUUAGUGCUGAAGAACAGCUAGACGGAUCGGUCAAGCUAUAUUUCGCGGAUGGGACGACAGCCCUAGCCAGUGCAGUCAUUGGGUGCGACGGCAUCAAGAGCCAGGCGCGGGAGAUUGUUUGCGGCCCGAGUGUUCAGGCGACGUACGUUGGUGAAUAUGCAUACCGAGCCAUGGUGCCAAAGGCGGAUGCCGAGAAAGCCCUCGGAAAAGAGCUCGCUCGGAAUGGCCAGCUCUACUGCGGCUAUGGCGCCUACGUUGUUACAUAUCCGGUCGAACAUGGGGACUUCACCAAUAUGGUUGCCAUCCCUCGUGAAUCGGGCGAGUCAUAUUCUUGGAGCCUGGCCGAUUGGACUGUCCCAACCACCAGGGACGAAUUCGUACAACACUUCAAAGGCUGGUACCCGCCUCUCGUCGAAGUAAUCGCGAAAUACUGUGGGCCACAGAAAUGGGCCCUGUUUAACCUGCAACACUCGGCGCCAUACUAUAAGGGCAAAAUAUGCCUCCUCGGAGACUCUGCACAUGCCACCACCCCGCACUUAGGAGCCGGCGCCGGUAUGGCCAUGGAAGAUGCAUUUAUUUUAAGCAGCCUCAUAGCGUCCGUCAAAAGCUCUGAGGGCAUCGAGAGUGCGUUCCGAGCAUUCGAUUCCGUAAGAAGACCGCGAACCCAGCAAUUGAUAAAAAAUAGUAGAAUCGCCGGUCUGGCAACUGAUUUCAUGAUGCCUGGCGUCGAAGACGACACCGAUCGAAUGAAAGACCAUUUUAAGGCGUGGUAUAAAUGGCUGUGGCAUGAGGAUCUCGAGGCUCAAUUACAGCUGGCGAAGAAUCUACUGAAGGUGCGGGACGAUGCGAUUACUGAUCGACUUGCAUCUAUCUAAGCAGGGAUCUAAUAUGAUGACAUUGACUUGUUCUACCUUGUUCCUUUCGUCUAGGAGUAAAGCUGUUCCUGGGAAACAGAUUAGUAGGUUCAAUCCUUUUUCUACAUUGUGUAGGGCUUUCUUCUGUGGCGCUGACAAAUGGAUCCAUCACGUCAUUUUUUUUUCUUUGA